AGAAAUGCAAGAAUUUUGUUGACUAGUGGAUCAAAGAUCAAUAUGAAUUUAUUAGUUUCAGUCGUUGAUGAUUUGUUAGAUCAAAAAAAUAAUUCAUAUAGUAUCCACGAACUUCUAAACCAACACAUCAAAAUUUAUACAAUUAACGACGGUUCAUGUGAAGUUGGUGUUAAUCUUUCUGAUGGCGAAUUUGAAGAUCCAAAAAGUGUAAGGCUUUUGAAUUGGAAUUGUACUGAGAAAGUGGCAAUCGAAAAAAUUUCAGCUAUGAUUAAAAAUAUUUCGGAACAACCAAUUAAUAAAAUCGCCGAAUUUUACAUUAAGAUUUUAAUUGAAGAUAAAGAACUUUACCUCGGCGUUAAUGAGGAAGGAAAUCUGGCACCCACCAAUAAACCUAUUUUGCUUUGGAUAUCCAAUGUGCCGUUUCUAGAUCAAAUUGCAUAUCAAAUAUCUAUUUGUGACUUUAAUUUUAUUGUUAGAUUUGAGUGGGAAACUAAGGAUGAUUAUGAUAAAUUUUAUUUAGUAGAUUUAAAUACGGAAGACGAUCUUUAUUUUGCACUUGACUAUCAUGACUAUGAUGACUAUGAUGACUAUUGCAUGGUAGAUGCAAUGGGUGAAUUUGAAGAGUCAACACCUUUGCCACACUUCAAAAAGCAACCUACUAAAGAGGGUGCAUUAUUAUUUAAUUUCGCAAAAAAUCCGAAGGAAAAUUCUACAAACCAAUCGGCUGAAAAAAGAAAAAGUGGGACAACAUUGUAUAGUUUUCUGAUGGAACUUGGUGAAUAUAGUGUGCAUUUGAAUUUUACAAUUAUAAAUGCACUUAAUUAUAUAAUAAGAGCUUGUAAUGCAAAAAAGGUAUUCAAAUCUCUUUCAGAUGAAUGCUUGCAGCAUCUUCGAGUUAAAUUAGAUUCUGAAGUUGAGUGGGAAGUCACCAAGAAUAAUCUAUUUAAUAUAAAAAAUGCCAUUAUCAGAUUAGAUGAAUCAGAACUUCCAAAACUUCGUUCUUGUUCUUCCACUUACAAAUAUGCAACUGCCAUGCAAGUUAAUAUUAAAAAUCCACAACUUGAUAAUUUGCAAAUAGAAAUUAGGAUUAGCUUGAAUAAUAACGGAUCAAAAAGUACCCUUGUGUAUAUUCCAGAAAUAACAGAUAUAUCUCAAACAAAAUCUGUUUAUGAUUAUUUGUUGAAUGUAAAUGUCCCACAAAAGAAGUGGAAAGAUCUUACGAUGAGUUAUAUAAGUUUAUUAAUAAUGCCUCAAUUAAUGGUAUUACCAGAAUUUUUAAAGAUACCUUUGCCAUUCUUAUCUGAUACUUCAUUAUUAAAUCAAAAAAUUAAUAAAGAAAUUUCAGACAUCAAUUUCAAAAUCGGUCCUACUGGUGUUAGGCUAAUUCAAACAGAUCUCUUUUUGGAUACAUCAGUAACAGAAGACAUGUUUCAACUUGAUGUUGUUCAAAUUUCACAAUUGGCUGAUAUUAAAAUUACAAUUAUUAACUCAGAUGCUGUUAAUGGUGAUCCGAAUAUAGUCAUUACGGCUCGUGCAAAUAUCAAAGAUAAUUCUGUACAGAUAUUAACUCAAAAUGAAAAUGAACAGUUCUUGACA